AAAGCUUUCGAUUCUGUUAAUCACGACAUUCUUUUACAAAAACUUGAGCGUUACGGUUUUCGAGGGCCAGCUGGCAAAUUUUUUCGUAGCUACUUAACAAACCGCACCCAAUUUGUACAAAUUUCCCAUAAUCAAUCUACAACCGCGAUAGUGAAGACUGGUGUACCACAGGGGUCGGUGUUAGGACCGAUACUUUUCUCUCUUUUCAUCAAUGAUUACGCAGCUUGCCUCAGACACUCCGAAGCAGUUUUAUACGCCGAUGAUACAGCCUUACUAGUAUCACAUCAUUCUCUUGAAGAGGCCGAAUUACUAGCAAAUAACGACUUGAAAAAUACGAUAACUUGGUUUAAUUGCAACAAGCUGGUGCUAAAUAUUAAAAAAACUAAGUUCAUUGUUUUCGCGUCUGAUCGGAAACAACAAUCAUUUACAUGUAACCUGCAUCUAGGAGGUUUACACAUCGAUCAAGUUAUCACUUAUAAAUACCUAGGAAUUACCCUAGAUUCAACACUACACUGGGCUCCCCACAUUGACGAGCUAUGUAAAAAAUUAACCUUCGGAUGCUUUUCAUUAGUGAAAGCACGGAAACAUUUUAGCAAACAAACAUUACGCAUGAUUUACUUCGGUGUGUUUCAUACUCAUUUAACCUAUUGUGUUGAAUCAUGGGGUUUCACUUACGCGUCAUAUCUAGCGAGAGUUACCAUUCUGCAAAGAAGGGCAAUCAGGAUAAUAGCGGCAGCACCUAUACAUGCAUCAGCUAAGCAUCUUUUUAGUGAAUUAAACAUACUCCCCAUCAACUUAGCUCGCGACCAUAAGACUGCCACUUUAGUCCAAAGAAUUUUAACCCAGAAUACUCCAUAUCACUCUUCUAUAUUCAAUUUUCCAAAACGUGAAACCCGACAACUACAUUAUAAUAACCUUAAUUUGCCGAUAACUUACAAUGCCUACGGGCGCCGCUUAAUAUCGUUCAUUGGUGCGAAGAUAUGGAAUAACAUUUCAUGUAAUAUAAAACUAGCAACAAAUUUUGUACUCUCAUUAAAACGAUUUAUUUCAUCUGAAGUGUACAACUCACCCUGUUAACUCCGUACUAGUAGUUAUAUUAUUUGUGCAGCUAUGUAUAGAUUGUGUGAAUGCCUAUAGGAUUGUUUUAAAUGUGAAUGUUUUUUUAAUGGAUCCAUUACUAGCCAUGUAGGCUAUGGAUCCAGAUGACUAAUCAGACAUUUCUUUGUACAUCUUUACGUGAAUAAACAUU